AUGUUCAAGUCCAGCACUGAGACUCUGGCUGGUAUCAAUGCCCCUGACCAGAGUCAACCAAGAACCGGUGUCCUCAACAAUAACACCAAUGCUGCUGCUGAAUCUACACCACGUCGUGUUAACUACAAGGUCCUGAGAGAUAACAACCGCUGUUGCCGAUGCUUCCGUAUUGGUCAUAUCAGCAGCGCUUGCGAAGCCACUGAACCAGCUUCGUUAUCUAGCAGAUGUCUGUCCUGUGGAGGUUCCCAUGAGACUUCCUCUUGCCGUCUGUCCCAGAAAGUUGGUGUCCAGAAUCUUCAAUGUCGACGAUGCAAGGGAUCUGGUCAUGUGGCGCAUAUUUGCAGGGGAGUUAAAGCUGUCGAUAAGUCUCAACCGACUCUAGCCACUGAUCUCUCGAGAUCACACAGUGAUUCAGCUCAAGAGCCUAUGACGACGGCCUCAAGCAAUAUUCGACAAGAGGAUAAACAAGAUCCCAAGGUCCACCCUCUUAGCAUGCUCUCCGAGAUGGACACUGGCACUGACCCCCUCUACACCGAAAUAAGUUUCGUGGCGGCGAAACCCCUGAAAU